CUUAACUUGACGUCCUAUUAAUAACCCCUCCAUCCAGAUCAACUAGCCUGAUCAAUCGAAUCUAUUAUCUUGACACCUGACUUCUACUUUGUUCAACCUCUGUCUUACUAUUCUUCUAUCACAACAAUGGCACAGCUGAACGAAUCCGAGCUCAAUAAACCAGGUGGUGUUGAGGGUUCCGGCCAAGCAGGGAUGCAAGGAAUGGAGAUGUUGGAUGGCACGAUUGCCGAGGCUCUCAAAGAGACCGUAGAGCGCUCCAGUCCUCAACAUGCUGAUAAUCGCAACGAUGUCACCCAGGGCAUUCAUGGCCAUUUACAUCACUUUGCGUCUGGCGGCCCUGCCCAUCACUUGUGGUUGAGCAAAUUCGUGCCUCAGCUGCAAUCCCUUGCAGCAAAGUAUCACGUCGGCAACUACGUCGCGAUUAGAGGCACCAAUGAACGAAUCUUUGAAAGCAUGCCGAUCUAUGCACGUUUGGGCAUGCAUAUCUUAUUUUAUGGGAGGGAGCAGGUCAAGCUCUUGGAAGGAAGCAAGCGCAUUGAAUCACUCCUGAUGGAGCAGAGCAAGCGUGAGGGGCAGAUCUACGACUCGCCCGAGUCUAGAAGUCACAUCCCGUCAUUCAUACACACCUACAACAUCAACACAAGCGAGCUGCUAUAUCCCCCCGAAAGCCCAGCAUACAAGAAUUUCAAUCACUUCUUCUACCGGAAACUCAAGCCUGAUGCCCGCCCUGUGCAGAACCCUGAUCAUGAAUUCUGCAGCGCCGCGGACUCCCGGCUUGUCGUAUACCCUGCGGUGCACGACGCGCAGACUUUUUGGAUUAAAGGGAACGAGUUCACAGUUCCUGCCCUUCUAGGACUAGACAAAUCCGAUCCACUCUGCCGGGCGCUUGAAGGUGGCUCUCUCGCAUCAUUCCGCCUUGCGCCGUCAGAUUAUCACCGCUUCCAUUCGCUUGCGGAUGCCACUGUCGUUGGUGAACCAAGGGAUAUUCCUGGACAGUAUUUUACAGUCAACCCGCAGGCAGUCAACGAGAAAGGUCUUGAUGUGCUAUCUGCCAAUAAGAGAUCAGUUCUCCUUCUAAACCAUGACGCGACGAAUAAAAAGAUCGCAUUUGUUGCAGUCGGUGCCUUGCUCGUUGGAAGCAUCCAGUGGACCGUUUCGGCGGGUUCCAAGGUUCGGCGUGGAGAUGAACUUGGAUUCUUCGCGUACGGAGGCAGCACUAUCGUUGCUAUCCUUGAGCCGGGGAUGGUCGAGUGGGAUUCCGAUCUUGUAGCCAACUCUUCGCCUCCGAAACGGGGUCAACUUGGAAUCGAGACUAUGAUGAAAGUUGGUUGGUCUAUUGGGAAGAUGCCAAAGGACAAGAAGUGAACAGAAACUGCCUGUGGAAGAUCACUAUUUCUUAAAUGUAAGCGCGCUCUAUUUACCCAAUCAUGUAUCAUCACGGCUUUGAACUAUUCAAAUGCGUGCAUAA